GGGAACUCCCCUCUCUCUCCCCUGUUUCAGUAUUAAAAAAGGCUGCGUUCUUUUAAUGUUGCUGCAGCAGCAACAACUGCUCCACAUCUUCUCUUCUUCUCCUCGAUCAUGUCGAAUCUUCCCAAAUCCCUCCGUGAUGCUUCCUUGAAUCUCUCCCACCUCGCCGUCUUCAGCUCCGAUCCCUGGCCCUUCAUUUCCUCCAAUUAAUCAUUUCCCUGCUCUGCUUUCAAUCAUUUCAGAAAUUCGACGGCAUGCCCGGGAUCCACAUGCAGAUGCUGCACCGGGUGGCGAUCGGCGGCGGAGGGGGGAGGAGGGGCUGCGCGGCGGUUCCUCCGCCGCCCAGGGGGUGGAUGGCGGUCAGGGUGGGGAGCCAGGGGGAGGAGCAGCAGAGGUUCGUGGUGCCGGUGGGGUACCUGAACCAUCCUCUGUUCCUGGCGCUGCUCCGCGCGGCCGAGGAAGAGUACGGCUUCCACCACUCCGGCGCCAUCACCCUUCCCUGCCACGUCGAGCACUUCCGCCAGGUCCAGGGCAUCAUCGACCGCGACACCUCCACCUCCGCCGAUCACCGCCACCACCACCACCACUUCCAUCUCUGUUUCAGAGCCUAAAAUUUCCUUGCAUACAACAACAACAACAAAGAGGAAAGAGGAAGAGGAACAAGGCUUAAUUAAUUAGGCAGUAAUGAAUUAGAAGUAGGCUUCUAAUUAUAAAAAAUAGUUAAGAGUUUAGUUUUCUUUUUAAUGUUUUGUUUCAUCUUGUAAGAUAACUAUGAACAACUUGUUCUUUCUUAAUUAUAUUAAUUGGUUUUCAGUCAUAAAAUUAAUGAAUUAUUAAAAAGAAAGUCAAAGUGGAGAAUAAA